UGACUCCAUCUACCUACCCACCCAAAAAGGGCAAAAAAACAGCAGCAAUAUACUCGUUAAAACCCUAAGCUCAACGAAAGAGACGACCCAUUGACUGAGAGAGAGAUAUAACAGACAGACUCUCUCUCUCUCGUCCUCUUCACACGAUUCUCCUCACACCCAUUUUCGCAAAUUUCAUUUCUUUCAAACGAAGAUGAGUGGCCGUGAAUCGUGACCAUCAUCCUCUGUAAGCUGUAUCGUCAAACAAACUAAAAGAUCAUUACUUUCCGCAUCAGAAGCUUCUGAUUAGUAUGGGGAAAACCGGAAUCCAGUUGUUCGACGAUUCGAGAAAUGGGUUUUUCUCCGAUUUCGAUUUAGCAUGCUCCGAUUGGAGCCUAAACAGCGGAACUUACCACCCAGUUGGUGGGUUAUUCGCGAGCGUUAACCAAACUAAUCCAUUCGGAUCCGGAUUCGGGUCCGGAUCACUCUCUUCUCCGAGCAGAGGCAACAACAGCUUAUCUGCUCAGCUCAAUGAUCUCUACACCAAGUAUAUGCCUGGUAAAGAGGAAGAGGAGGAGGAAGGAGUUAAUGGCGAGAAGAAGAAGAAGAAGAAAGGUGCCCUGAAACUGAAGUUAAAGAUCGCUAAUCCUUCGUUGCGGCGGCUUUUAAGCGGAGCCGUGGCCGGAGCGGUCUCGAGAACGGUGGUUGCGCCGUUGGAGACGAUCAGGACGCAUCUCAUGGUGGGAAGUGGCGGGAACUCCUCCACCGAAGUGUUCGGCGAUAUCAUGAAGCAUGAAGGUUGGACUGGUCUCUUCAGGGGCAAUUUGGUCAAUGUCAUUAGGGUCGCACCUGCUCGAGCCGUCGAGCUCUUUGUAUUCGAGACAGUAAACAAGAAAUUGUCACCAGAAAAUGGAGAGCAACCAAGAAUCCCAAUCCCAGCUUCAUUACUCGCCGGCGCUUGUGCUGGAGUUAGCCAAACCCUCUUGACUUACCCUCUUGAACUAGUCAAGACUCGUCUUACAAUUCAGAGAGGUGUGUACAAGGGGAUAUUCGAUGCAUUUGUCAAAAUUAUACGAGAGGAAGGACCCACUGAACUCUACAGGGGUCUUGCUCCUAGUCUUAUUGGAGUUGUUCCAUAUGCAGCUACAAACUAUUUUGCAUAUGAUUCCUUAAGAAAAGCAUACCGGAGUUUUUCAAAGCAAGACAAGAUUGGAAACAUUGAGACUCUUUUGAUAGGUUCUCUAGCGGGUGCACUAUCGAGCACCGCGACUUUCCCCCUCGAGGUGGCUCGGAAGCAUAUGCAGGUGGGAGCGGUUAGUGGGAGAGUUGUGUACAAGAACAUGUUAGACGCUCUAGUGAGCAUACUUGAGCACGAAGGUAUUCUCGGUUGGUACAAGGGGCUUGGACCGAGUUGCUUGAAGUUGGUUCCUGCUGCUGGAAUCUCCUUCAUGUGUUAUGAAGCUUGCAAGAAGAUACUCGUCGAGAACAACAACCAAGAAGCCUGAUUGUGGAAUUGUAUUGGACUCUCAUGGCGAUUUUUAGGGUUUGAUCAGGGCAACACAGAGGGUAUAUUAGGAUUCUUAGUUCCAAAUUUAUACCACUUGAGAUUCUUACAAAUUACUACUGUCAAGGGGAUUCCAAAAGAUUCAUUCUUUGUUUUUCUCUAUGUUGUUGGAUUCCUG